AUUUUUAAAUCUGAUUGACACGGUUCAAUUACACAAGCUGAGCAAUAACACAGUUUUUGUGUACUAUCGGCGUUAAUAAGUGAGCACAUCAUUUUGUUACGAAAAUUGAAAACUGCUGGUCGUUCUUGUGUGGCUCUCCGCAUAAACUUAUCAGCUCUGAAAUUUUCGCAGAAAAGUUGUUAAAUUGCGUUUGAUUGUUACAAUAAUUGAAAAAUUUUAAUAAAAACUAUUAAUAAUAAUUUAUUGCCAUAAUGCCAGCAGUUGUACGCGUCAAACGACACAUUGACGAGGAGCCAUUGGGUGCCUUUGUUCUGAACGCCAAGCGCUGCCGUUUAGACAAUGAAAAUGCUGAUGCAGGAGCAGGAAUAGAAGACGGCGAGGAGGUGUUUGGUGCGGCUCUAGACACAAAGAAAAAGGAUAAAAUUUCUACUGUAUUGAAAUUAGCCGGUACUAUUAAUAAUCAAGAUGACGCUGCUACUACCAAAUUUGUCCGUCUUACCAAAGAGGAAGCUAUUUCGCGUCUCACCAAAGAAGAGGCUGAAGAAUUGGUUAAAUUUCGUCGUUCUCAUCCAAGAACUAGCGAUCUUUUGCAUCGUAAGCGCGAGGAAAAACGUCAAAUGUCGCAAGAAAAUCGUUUUCGUGUUGUUAAUUGCUUACGCAAACCAUUGUUGGAAAAAGCUAAUGAAGGAGAAGAAUGUAGUGACGAACUUGAAGUAUCCAUGGGCCCUAAGCUGACAAUAGUUGAUAUAGAAAAGCAGCCCGUGGGGCAGGCUGCUGAAGAUGAACCAUCAACAAGUUUUGCCACUUCAGGUGCUUCAUCUUCUUCAUUGUAUGCUGAAUCAGUUAAUCGCGCUUCUCAUGUUAACACUAACGCAAGCUUGUUUCGAGGAGGGAACACUCAGCCUAGUGACUCCGACACUGGUUAUGUGUAUGAUUUAUAUUUAGCUGAAGACCAGGAGGAGGAAGAGGACGAUUAUGCCGAUAUUGAUGAUAAUCGUUUAAGCGCUCACCCGUAUUACGAAGAAACUUUGCGCAUACAUAAUGGCGAAGAAAGCGAUUUUGACGAGGAUGACUCUAACGAUGAAAACUAUUACACCAAUGAUUAUCCCGAUAGCGACUCAGAACCAUCUACCGAUUAUAAGAUCCGUAAAGCCUUAGAACGCUUCAACUUAGCUUAUAGUGAAGAGUUUUAUACUGAUGACUCUUCCGAAGAUGAACUAGCCGGUUAUGUUUAUGGUGGCCCCAAUGAAUCAAAUGACUCCGAUGACGCUGAUUAUUACCAAGUUCUAGGUCCAUCGCAUUCACCAGAUGAGGAUGAAUUCAUUCAUACAUUAGAUGCUGAUGAGUGUAAAGAUAAGGACAUCGAUGUUGUGGUUACUACUGAUCAAGAACUCAAUGAUGAAAAUGAUAAUGAUUAACUAAAUUUAAACAUAGUACACUUUUUAUAUUCCCUACACGCUCAAUAUUUAAUUAUUUAAUUUAUUUAUAUAGAAUUUAUUAAUAUUUUGUAUGCGAAUUAUCUAUUUUUUCAUUUCAACAAUUUUGUUCAUUUCAUCAAUUUUGUUCAUUUUAGCAAUUUUGUUCAUUUUAUCAAUUUUGUACAAUUUAUCAAUAUUGUUCAAUUAAGGAAUUUUGUUUAUGUCAUCAACAUUGAUAAUGUUAUCAUUUUGAUUCUAUUAAGCAAUCUUAUUAAUUUCAUCCAUUUUGUUCAAUUCAGAAAUUUUGUUCAUAUAAACGAAUUUGUUUAUUUUAUCCAUUUCGCAAGCAAAAAAAAUGUUACAAAUAAAAAAUCUGCACAGCAGUAAUCCA